CCGCGUGUUUCUUCGACCAUGCGGCAGCUCCACUACACGUUGGCAGUGAUCCUCGCGUCGCUAUUGCCUGCCAGUAGCGUCGCAGCGUCAAGCUGUCCCAAUUUCACAAAAGAGCUCCUGGAAGACCUACUUAGUAAUGAAGCAAGGAAGAUAACGAUUGCGAAUGACGAGACUCUGUGUGACAAUGACCAGCAGCUGACUUCUGACGCGGAGAGGGCUGCAACAGUAAUUAUCGAGUACAGCUGCAGCGGGGAGGAUUGCGUGGUAACGGGGCACGACUACGCAUUGGUUGAUAUAAGGUGUAUCGACGGGAUUUGGAACGAAGAAAGCUUCGCCCCAAGGCAGAGUGAUCUGUAUGGUUUAGUGAGCACCGGAGGCAUAAUUCCGAACUCUUGCGCCGAUUGCAUCGACAUGACGACCCUCAUGAAUCGAGACUACCCCAGAAACCCUCCGGGAAAUUUGGAUUACAACGAGACAACACACUGUCUGGAGCUUCCCAUGUGCCAUGGAUCUGAUGAGUCUUUCCUCGGGUACUUCAGUGCUAGAGAGUGCUGUGUAGAUAUAGAGGAAGGUUCCUCUUACACCUAUGGAGAAAACUUCACCUGCAUUGUCCACGGAUUUGAGAAGACACAAUACACUGUGUUGGAAGGCGAUACUGUUGAUGUCAUUUUCAAAAGAAACGUAAAAAGCGUAACUGCAUUUCCACUCCUCACAAUCGAAGGCAGUAUUGUAACAGAGGAUAUAAACGUUGACGACUUCAUCCCAGUUUCUGUCACACUACUGCGGCGCGAAGAGUCAAAGACCAUCUCAGUGACAGCUAGAGAUGACGACGUAGCUUUAGAGGGUGGCGACAAAAUCAUUCUGAGGCACACAAGUGGUAUCAAUAACUAUGUGGAUGCAGUGGAACAAAGGGGGGAGUUUAUCCGCUACACCACAGAAGUCAUCAUCAUUGACAAAAACGAACUACUGCUGAUUAAUGUGGAGAAGUCAUACACCGUGUUGGAGAACAACAUAACAGAGCGUAAUCUCACGGUUACAUGGCAGGAGAACCUGUCAAACCAGAAGCCCAUCAUUCUGAAACUCACAGGGAGAAGUCUGGACGUCAGUGGCGUCAAUCAGGAUAAUAUCGCAAGGCCAGGACAGGAUUUUGUCGAGGACACAGUAGACUUUGUAAUCCCAGAAAACAGAGUUGGACAGUAUGAUAUCAGCCUAUUCGACUUCAUUAUCAACGACGGCACCGUCGAACACACGAUUCAAAGCUUUGAUCUGGAAAUAAAGGCUGCCACAGAAGGAGUUGUGUUUGACUCAGAGAAUUCUACUGAGACAGUGACUGAGGUGGCAAUAGAGUGCACUGACAUGGCUGAGAUUCGUCUCAACAUGUCUGAUAUCGAAUUCAACGAAGAAGACGAAGGUCCAUUUAAUGUGUGCGUGAUCGUAGAGAGUGAAGAAGAUGAUUGUCCAGUAGAGUUUGAUAUUGAAUUUACCAUUAGGUUUACCAGGAUAUCAAGAUCAACUGAUGAUACGGACAAUGGCGAUAACAUUGAUCACGGCGGAGAUCAAAUCUGUCGCAAUGUGAUCUUGGAUCCGUGUAAUACAACAGCCUGUGUGGAUCUCAAAGAUGUCUUCAACAUUACAGAUGAUAAUGAAUAUCAUCUCCAAUCGUUCAACGUGUCUCUCUUAUCUAAUACUAGCAGGGAUUCUGAAGACAUAGGGAUACUCGAAGUCUUUACAGAAGUCAGGGAAUUUAAAGUACUAGAGGAUGACCUCCUGCUGCUUAAGUUGGAACAGAGCGAAUAUUACAUUUUUGACUCCAACAAAUCCGUUGAAAUAUGUCUGAAAGUAGAAAAUGGUGGAAAUGAGCAGUGCCAGGCAGAUGCUGAUUUCUAUUACCGUGUUCACACAUACGGUGGAAAUGCAACUCAUACUGAGGACUAUGCGCCACUUGGUGAACCUCACAACCGCCAGGGUGGGCUGAUGAAAUUUGAUAAAUGUGGAAAUAAGAGCUGCUUCUACAUCAACAUUACUGACGAUUCCACCACUGUCGAACAAGUAGAGUACUUUAAUUUCAGCCUGACCAUCGAGAAUGAUGGGAACAAAUAUGCGGAACAGCUGAAUGAAACUGGAGCUGUCUUUCUCCUACCAAAA